AAAUUGUGCAAGAAAGUUAAUACAUUUAAUGUAUAAAACAUAUAUUUAAAAUUUAAAUGUAGGCGUCGAUGCGCAGGUGCCGUAUGCUCGAAGCGUUCAAGUCAGUUCGGUACAUCCGCCAUAAAAGUUGUAACGACGGAGAAGCUUAACAUAUGGAGUGAUUCCGGACGACAGUAAAAAUCGCUGAUAAAAUACUUCUGGCUACUGCAGUGGCUACACAGUAGUUAUUGAAAUAACUGCUUUUCGCCUACUCUUCGUAGCGCAUAUAUCAACCUUUGAUCUUCUGCGAUCAACCAAUUCGAGAACCAUGAAGAACAGCUUCUGCUUGGCAAUGCUCUCGACGACGUUCUGCUUGCAUGCCGCUAUUGUCCUUUUCUUCCCGUUAAGGACUGGCGGCUUACGAGAGAACUGUACGGACUUCCAAGGAGGCAUUAUCGAACAUGGUCUCUUGUAUGUGCCGGGACCUGCAGUUUGCAGUCUCUGCGUCUGCUAUCAUUCAGAGCCGAAAUGGUGUCAGGCUAUCUUCUGUACACCACCCUAUUGGUGCAGUAAGUUUCGUGUUGGAGAGCGAUGUUGCGAAUUCGUAUGCCUGGACGAUGUAGACACGAAUUUGACCGGACCUGAUGUGAUUGUUGUCACUAGCUCCUCCUGCGUUGACGAACAAGACAUAUACCACCUGAUGGCCUUAAUGAUGCUGUGGGGGGCGUUUAUUUAAAUCUUCAAUAAGGAUUUAAAUGAUGCCGUUGACGAAAUUCAACAAAAAUUUCAACGCAUCAACGGGAAAGGAGAAGGUACGAUGUAGCGUGUUAACGAAACGUUCUAUCUGAGUAAUUUACCUCGAGAAGUACAAACAGUUAGAAACGAAGAUUUCUGUGCGAAUACCUAAUUUUUUUCCUUUAUUUCUUCAUUUCUUUUAAACAAAAUUUUAACAAAAGUGAGGUAAGAUUACGUCAGAGGGUUUGCUUCGUUUUCACAGAUAUUAAUAUAACAAAAAUAAAAAAAAAUGAUAAAACAAA